GUUAAAGAAACGCCCUGCUAAUGCGGACGCUUUGAGUAGGUCAUCCUGGGGUGAAGAAAGGGUUCAAAAUGGCUGAGCUCGCAGCCGAGAAUGGAAACACCACGGACUGGCAAAAACGAUGUCUUGCGUUGGAGACACAGCUCUUCAAAUUCCGCCUGCAAGCUAGUAAGAUCCGGGAGCUUCUUGCUGAGAAGAUGCAAGAACUGGAACACAGAGUGAUUGAGGCAGAACAGAGAGCCCAAAGUGCAGAGAAACAGGUUGAAGUCAUGGAAGAGAAGUUGAAAUGUGCCAACAUGAAAUCAAGCGAGCCCAGUGAACAUGAGAAGUACCAGAAGCUGGUGAGCAGUGUGCAACAAAAGGAUGAACUGAUCAAGAAACUGGAGACGCAGCUGGAAAACCAGAAGCAGCUGAGAGCAGAUGAAGCUAAAAUCGUUCAAGAAAAAGCUGCCAAAAUUAAGGACUGGGUGACAGUGAAAAUAAAAGAGCUGGAGCUGGAAAACCAUCACCUCAAGGAUUAUAACCUGAGGCUGACAGAGCAGAUCAAAACCCUUCAAGAAGCAUUGCAGGAUCUGAUGACUGUUCCUCCUGAAGAACCUGUUUCCAGCUGUAACAUCCAGCUGCUUAGAGACCCCUUGUCAUGCCUCCUUGAGAAUUCAGCACAGGAUUCCAGGCUUCUUGCAGUGGACAUCAAAAAGGCCUAUCAGGGUGUGUCUAUGAAAGGCAUUCCUUAUAUAGCAAGUGUGGUCUUUAUGGAUGAUGCCUGUGUAGCAGAUGAGGUUGACAAAUCAGUAUCUUCUCGGAGCUCACUGAGGCUUAUCUCUGACUCUUCAGACUAUAAUAACUCUUCAGUGAAUGACUUGGUCUCCACAGCACACACCCAGAUUUGCCCAACAUUGGCAAAACACCAAGCUGAGACUGUGAGAUUUCAUGGAGCGUUGGCUUUUCAUUCUCCUCUGGAGGAACUGCGGAGCUCCAGCGCUGCUUCAGACAAGACAGUAUCUGACUUGUACAAGCCACCAGAUGAACUGAAUACUGAGUUGAGCACUCAUAGGUUGAACUCCUUCUCUUCUGGGGAAAUGAAAAAUGCCCUUAAUCGUUCUCUCUCGGCAGCAGUUCCAGCCCUGAAGUUGCCAAAAUCCAUCACUUCAGUGCCCUCCAAUUUCACAGGGAGGGAAGGUGGACUAGGUAACAGCAUGACUCUCCCCAAAGUUCGGACUCCUAGCAAUCCAAGGGACAGCAUCCUGCUAGCCAAGAGGCAUUAUAGCCAACCGCAGUCAGGAACUGAUUGCUUCCACCAUGUGGUGAACAUUGAGAUCAGCACGUUUCAGCCUAUAAGAGCUGCUGCUCAAUAUCAGGGUCAGGUGGAGGAGACAGAUAUUGAUGAAGAGGUAGCAGAGAAGAUGGAGAUGGAAGCCUGUCUGGUGGAAGAAGCAAGGAUGGAGGAGGAGACGUGUCAGCGUUCUUGUUCAAGGACGGAGGCGGGAACUUCUGAAGCCAGAGUAAUGGACCCAGGAGGCAAACCACCCACUCCUCCAUUGCACAGAUUUCCAUCUUGGGAGAGUCGGAUUUAUGCAGUGGCCAAGUCUGGCAUGAGGCUUUCAGAAAUGACUCCUGAGAGUGACUCUUCCAGCUGGACUUCAAAUUCACGAAGUUGUUCACCCCCUGGGUCAUUCACCUGCCACAUUUACAGAAAUGUCACAGUACCUGUCUACACCAUGCUAAAAGGGAAAGCCACCCAAAUCAGCAACGUUCCUUUCUUAGAUGAGUCUUCAGGCUCUGAUGAUGACUGCAGCUCCCACGUUAGCUUCAGCACCUCCAAUGCAGGAUCUGAACCCAGAAGAACAAGCAUACCAGGCAGUCCACGUGCAGUAAAAAGAGCAGGUGUCUCUAUGUCUUCGCUAAGCUCAGAGAGUGACUACGCCAUCCCCCCUGAUGCCUACUCCUUGGAUGAAGACUAUUCAGAACCAGAGCACAAACUGCAGCGAACAUCAUCCUAUUCCACUGAUGGUGGAGUUUGCAGUGAACCCCUGGAAAAAUCUGGCUAUUUGCUGAAAAUGGGUAACCAGAUAAAGGCAUGGAAGAGGCGAUGGUUCGUUCUGAGGAAUGGACAGAUCAUGUAUUAUAAGUCCCCAAGUGAUAUUAUCUGCAAGCCCCAGGGGCAGGUUGAAUUGAAUUCUUCUUGCCAGAUCAUACGAGGUGAAGGAUCUCAAACAUUCCAGCUCAUCACUGAAAAACGAACCUACUUCCUGACAGCUGACUCUCCUAAUAUCCUGGAAGAAUGGAUCCGUGUCCUUCAAAACAUCCUGAAGGUGCAAGAGACUAGUCCCACUGAAGUCCCCCUCAGGGAUGCCAAGCCCACCGUGAAAGGCUGGCUCACCAAGGUGAAACAUGGGCGCUCCAAGUUGGUUUGGUGUGCACUGAUUGGAAAAACGUUUUACUAUUACCGAAAUCAUGAAGACAAGUGCCCUCUGGGCCAUUUGUACAUGCGUGGAUCAAAAGUGGAAGAAGUGGAUCGCUCCUGUGAUUCUGAUGAGGAUUACGAGGCUCAUGGUGGAGGCUUCAUUUCUUCACAUUGCACCCUGGUUCUUCACCCUCUGGGGCAGAGUCCUACCUACCUGCUUGUUGGCACUAAGCAGGAGAAGGCUACGUGGUUGUACCACCUGACAGUGGCAGCAGGCAGCAGCAGCGCAAAGGUGGGCACUGCCUAUGAGCAACUGAUUGGGAAGCUACUGGAUGCAGAAGGAGACCCAAAUUCUCCUUUGUGGAAACACCCUAUGCUGCAUUACAGCAAGGAUGGACUGCAGACUUCCCUAACCACUCUGCCUUCAGAAGCACUGCAGACAGAGGCCCUGAAACUCUUCAAGUCUUGCCAACUGUUCAUCAACGUGCCUGUGGAAGCUCCAUCCGUUGAUUAUCAUGUGACGCUAGCUCAGACAGCGCUACAGGUCUGCCUAACCCACAGUGAGCUACAGAACGAGAUCUAUUGUCAGUUAAUUAAACAGACCAGCCGAGAGGCUCAGAAUCACUCUGUCAUCCAGUGCUGGCAAUUACUGGCUCUUUGUGCUCCUCUCUUCCUGCCUCAGCACCAUUUCCUUUGGCAUCUCAGGCAUCACCUGCAGCAGCAUGCGGACCCAAAAAGUGAAAUAGGCAAGUAUGCCAUCUACUGUCAGAGAUCAAUGGAACACACUCUGAAAGCUGGAGAGCGAGAAGCCAGACCAUCCCGAAUGGAGGUAGUGUCCAUUUUGCUGAGAAAUCCCUACCACCACUCACUCCCCUUCAGUAUUCCAGUACAUUUCAUGAAUGGAACCUACCAGGUGGUAGGCUUUGAUGGUUCCUCAACUGUGGAUGAGUUCCUGCAGCAGCUAAACCAGGAGACAGGAAUGAGGAAGUCCUCCCUCUCUGGGUUUUACCUCUUUACAGAUGAUCCUUCUGGCAGGAAUCUAGACCACUGCCUACAAGGCCCAAUGAAGGUCUGUGAUGUCAUUUCAAAGUGGGAGCAAGCUUUGAAAGAACUGAAUCCUGGAAAAUAUGAAGGUGGCACGAGAAUAGUGAAACUAACCUAUAAAAACAGAUUGUAUUUUCGAAGCCAAGCAAAAGGCGAGACGGACCGAGAGCGUUUGCUGCUGGCUUUCCAGAUUAGUGGUGAAAUAGCCAGUGGGAGAUUCCCUGUUAAUAAGGAGCUUGCUCUGGAAAUGGCAGCUUUGAUGGCUCAGGUGGAAUAUGGGGAUUUGGAUCGGCCAGUGCCAUCAAGCCCUGCGGGGUUAUCCCACUCCAAAAUGCAACAUCUUCUCCAGCAGGUCCUGGACAAAUUCUAUCCCAAGUGCUACAAAUGUAGUACUACUCCUGAGCAGCUACGGCGGCUGGCUGACCGAUUAGCUACAAAGUGGAUGGUGCUGCAGGGAUGCGGUCUUCAAGAAUGCAUUCGGAUCUAUUUGACUGUGGCUCGGAAAUGGCCCCUCUUUGGAGCCAAACUGUUUACUGCUAAGCCUGUCCUACCUUCGCCUUUGAAAGACUCUCCACUGUGGAUAGCUGUGAAUGAAGAUGGGAUCAGUAUACUGGAAUAUAAUACUUUGCACUUAAAACUGGCUUUCUCAUAUUCUUCUGUACUGACCUUUGGAGGCUGUCAUGAUGAUUUUAUGGUUGUCAUCAGUCAAGUGAAGGACAGGUGUUCUGGUAAAGCCAGCCCUGAAAAACUACUUUUUACAAUGGCAGCUGUAAAGAUUGUUGAGGUGACUCUCCUUAUUGCCAGCUAUAUUAACUGCUGUUCAGUGACACCGCAUCUGCCUCCUGCAAGCAGCAAUUCACCAUGGAGUACAUCACCUUCUAAGAAGCUCAUGGAACUUGAAAGCAGGUCUUUCUUUCCUCCCCUGCAUCGAACCACUAAGGCACCUACGCUGCUGUAAGGACCGUUCCAAGUGCCUUUCAGAAGUUCUCUUGCCAUACUGUGAAUUGAAGACUGCUGUGAUUUCACCGGUUAUGUGCCCUGUUAAUCAGUCAGACUCCAGGUCUACCAGCGCAGUACAACAUUCCUAGAGGCUUGUUUAGGGCUAGACUCCCUUUCUUCCUGAAGAACUAGAGCAGGGAUGGGGAGGGGAACGGAGGAGGGAGUAGCGCAAUUGUUUUCACACUUUUUGUAGCUGCUACUUUCUACCUUAAGAUCUGCAUUGCCUCCAACAACUCCCCAACCACAUCCUAAAUUCCACCUCUUCAAAUAGCUUCAUUGCAUCAUGUUGAAGUUGUGGAUUUCACAACCUGUUUACAUAUUGGGGCUGCUGUCUUUAGUUUCUUGUCCUCUAGUUACUGUUUAGUGGUUCAGACAACAUUCCCUACUCCUAGAAUUAUCACACUAAUUUCUAAAAUAACUUGGUAUCAUUAAUCGCCUUACGUAUUGUGUGUUUCUCAGCUAUUGAUCCAUUUCCCCUCCUCUGCUUUUAACCUGUAUACUUUUCAGGAAAUUUGAUUUGGGUAUUCAUCUCAAUUCCCUAACUUUAAUCUCUGCCUUUCCCACACAACCCCUAUAAAAUCAGCACCUAUUUACCUAAAAUUCUAGUUUUCCGAAACAUUUUGUUUCCCUAUCUCUUCCCCUAAAAUGACUUGAGUAAAUGAGUUUAUAGUGUAUUCCUCCUAGCCUUACUCAAAGUCCAGUGCGUUAUGAGAAGAACAUACUGCAAUCAUACAACUGAUCACAAUGGAUGCUGACAGUAUUUUAAGUGUCAAACACACUGAAUCUGAGUCUUUAUACAAUUUAGUGGGGAGUUACUAGAGUAUAUGUUUUGCUUUUUAAAGUUAGACUGGGGAGAAGAAAUUACUAGUUUAUGGGUUUUCCUCAGCCUAAAGGACUUUUGAACCUGAUUUUCAUAUAAUAUUUAACAUUCUCGGAAAGGGGAUGGGUGGACUGUUGCUUUUAAGUGAGAGCCUAGAAGAGGAAACAGACAGGCUGAGGGUUUCCCCUCAGUGCAUGUGACUUUUGUUCCUGUUUUUCACAAGCAUACUAUUUACCGCUCCAAGGAUGGGGGAAAGUGACUAGAAGGACUGGAGAUAGGUUAAUGUAGGAACAUCCAGGUCCAGUUGCCCUACUAAAUGUUAUUUAAAGCAUAAUAAACAUUUUGCCAAUAAAUUCACCCAUAAAGACAAUUUCCCCCAUAGUUUGUGAGGCACAGUGGUAUUCUACACAUUUAAUGUUUACACCCCUCUCUUCCUUAUGUAUAUUAACACCCCAGUCAAGUCUGAUUGCAUAUGCAAUUGGAUUUGUGAAGUCCUAGGUGGUGCUAUUAAGUGGGUGCUGGCAUUAUCAUUGAGCUUGAGUAUCUGUGAGGGGGCUGGGGGUGGGGGUGCUGCAAAAUACACCUCUGGACCACAGUCUGAAGGGGCCUGAAGAAUACAGGGAGGUUGGCUGUUCUUACUUUAAUGGAUGAACCAAAAACUUGAAAAUAGUCUCAGACUGAAUCAUGAUGCACAAAGCGAUAAAAAGAAUGUCAACAAGUGCCUAUGUCAUAUGCUGUGUAUGGGGUGGACAUGACUAGGCAGCUGUACAUCCAAGUGCUGUAGCAGAUACCACUGUGAACAUGAGGCAACAUGAUGUUGUUUUAUAAAUGGCCAAUGUCAUUUUAAAGUGUCCACACUAGUGGCAGCCAAUAAUAUGGAGGUGAGGAAAUGCACAAUGCGGCGAUGUCACAUUGUGUGCUGGGUGCCGUUUGCCUAAUUAGCUAUGCCUGGGCUGUAGUUGAGUUAUUUGACGGUUGUUUAAGCCUCCAAGCAGCCAUGCUGCUCAGGUUGGAACGACACAAGCCACGCCCAGGCAGUGAUUAUUUAACAAAUCACCAUGGUUUAAGUUGCAAUGAUCAUGCGAACCAGCUCCAUUAGUCAUUCUAUAUAUGUUACAAGAGAUAAACUCAUAUGGGGAUGCUGUUCGCAGCUGCAGCUUCAGGUUUCCUAGAAUAUGUAAUAUUCACCCUUAAUAAAAGGCUUGUGAAAUAGUAGCACCAAUUUAUUUGGCACUAGGAAGACCUUUGGUGGAAACCUAUGUUCUUUUCUGAAUGCAGAGAAUGCAGAUCAUGCUGAGAAAUUGCAAAUGAGAGUUACAAAGAUGAUCACAGAUAUAGAAAACAAUUCCUAUAAAGAAAGGCUGAAGAAACCAGGAAUGUCUACCCAAAAGAAAGGAAAGCUAAGGCUGCAAUCCAAUGCACUCUUACUUGGGACCAAGCCCCAUUAAAUGAGUGGACUUACUUCCAAGUAAACUUGCAUAGAAUAUGGCUGCAAGAGGAUAUAUUGAUAAUUUUAAAAUUGUACAGGCUGUCCAGGAGAUAUGUGAAAUCAAUUAUGCAUUCCAUGCACUAAGAACAGGAAAUGUGGGUCAUGGCUAUAGAAAUAUGGACUCAGGUUAAAUAUUUGGAUGAUGAUAAGAACACUAGUGAUAAGAGCAGCUCAGCAAUACAGCAACUUGCCUAGACAAUUUUUGGACUGUCUUCAAGGAAAGCUGGAUAGGUAUAUGAGGAAGAUCCUUAAGGAAUGGCUGAUUUAGCCUUAGGAUAGGAGCUUGCUCUUGAUGAGCCAAAGGGAUUCCCUCCAGCUGUAUGAUUGUAUGUUGCCUAGGCUUUAGACUAAGUUUAGAGAAAAAAGAAAUGACUUUGACUAAAACAUUCUCAAUCUAUAGUGGAGCAGUUUUCAUCCAUAGUAAGCAUAAGGAUGAAAAAACUCAGCAUGUUAGUAAAACUUAGGUAGUCGUAUGCUCUGUGGGGAUUUGGCAAAGGCUUGAAGGACUGCAAGAGAGUAUGCUUACUGUGUUCUAUAGAACAGAGCUAUUAUACUAUAGUAUUAUCUAGUAGACAUAAAGGACAAUUCUUGGACUCUCGCCAUAGAGGUGAAUUUUAUCAUGCAUAGUCUCAGGUGCAUGGUUUGUAAUGUUGUAACCACUGUAUUGUAUUUAUUUCUGAAUGUGCUUACUACUGGCAUUGGGACUAGGAUCACUUUGAAAUGGAAAGGUUUAUGAUGUUUUGAUUUUCAGCUAAUGGGGUUGUUUUUACAAAGUCCCCCCCCCCUUUUUUUUUAGCAAUAGUUACCUUCUGAAUUCCUGCUUCCUUCAAACAAGGGGGAGUGGCUAGCAAACAAAUAUAUUUCUAAAAAUGCUUUCCUAACUAAUAGUGUAUAUUCAUUCCAAUGAUCACUUGUGACAAAACCAGUAGAUGGAAGCUGUGACUUACGUUAUAAUUAUUACUGAGAUCCACCACCACACCCCGUGAACUGUAUACACCUACCUACCUAGAUCUGUUCUAUGUUCUUGAAUCACUUUUUUAUUACAAAAGAAUAUAAUUUUCAGAUCAUUUUUGUUUAAUUUGAUUAGUAUACCCAUUAUCCUGGACCUAUGAGCAAGCUAUAUGGUAGCUAUUAUAUAGAGUGAAAAUGCAGAUACCUUAAAAAGGUAAGACUUCUGCCCCCAAAGAGCAAGUAGAGUCGCAUGCAGUCAGACCGAUUUACGAGAUUAUCUGCACAAACAGCUUGCAUGCCCUUGUGCUUCUGGAUGUGCCUCUCCAGCACAGUGCACAUCCAGAAGCAAAGCAGCAGCAUAAAGUCAGAAAUCAGAUCAUAUCAGUAUGCCAUGCUGCCAACAGCAAGGUGUGUUCACAUCCAUCUUGUAAUUCAGAUAGGUAUGUGCCUCUGUAUUCAUUCCUAUGGGCCUGUAGAAACUUCUAAUACUUUUUUGUGUGUAUCUGUCUACCUCUUGACUGGAGCUUUUGUUUCAGCUUCAAAAUAAGCAUAAAUUAAUAAUUAAAAUGGACUGUAGUGCCUUAAAAAAUCUAUAUAUGUCUUGUGACAGUAUCUUUUUAAGGCCCGAACGUUCAAAAAGCAGAGCUGAUGAAAUUGUGACAAGGAGCAGAUAACCACAUGAUGCUUUCUUUGCACUCUGUAAUCUUUUACAUGUUGGUUAGGUCCAUUUACAUUCAGAUUGUUUGAACAGGUAACCCCAUGAUGCUUUCUUUGCACUCUGUAAACUUUUACAUGUUGGUUAAGGCCAUUUACAUUCAGAUUGUUUGAACAGCGAUAGGUUGUUUAGCCUCGACAGCUGCAUUAUACAUAAAACUAUUUGCAGGGAAAACAGGAGUGUAACAAUCUGAGUUAGAAUUUGAAUUUUUCUGACUGUAUUUGAAGCUCCCUGUGGGAGUCAAGAUAUCUACCAUUUUUGGCACUGCUAACUCCCAAACAAUGUGGGUUAAGAUUGGAAUGUUCAACAAAAGUUACUUACUUCCAAGUAAUGUGUUUAGGGUUAGGGAGUUGGAAAUAAUUGCACAAUCAAAUUCAACCUAUUGCUUUGAGAGUACACAAGCCUUCAGCUUCUUCCCAUAGAUAAUCGUAUGUAUUCACUCUACUCUCUUAGGUAUGCUGAACAUGUAAGUUCCAAGAAGCACCUCACACCAGUGAAUGCUAAUUAAUUUUCAUAUAUCAAUUUGCAAAUUAAAAGAACCUUACUGUUUUAAUUGUUUGCCAUCACAACUACAUUAUGAAUUGAUAUUUCCCACUUUGCAGAUGGGAAACUGAGGCCAAAAUAUAGUGACGAACUAGUUGAUCCCUGUGAGAUCUGUACCCAUUUUUCUUUCCUCAGAUUCACACAGGCUCUUAUGCUACCACAUAUUUAUUUAUUUAUAGUUUCAUCUGAAUUCAGAAAACUGAAUAGAUACCUUGACAGAUUCAUAUGGUUCCGCUGUAGCAAAGUUUAUUCCAUUUUAUUCUGACCAGCUCCCUGGUCCUGAGUAUUAGAUGCAGCAUGAGUAAAGGAAUCCU